AUGGCAACUUCUGACGCUCGCACAGGCGCCACUAGCGCGAUCCGGAAGAAGCUCAACUUCCACGACGAGAUUCUGUGGCGCAAGUUCUCGUCCCGCAGACUGCUUUUGGUUGAGUCGCUGUCUCUGAGCUCGAAAAAAGCGUGCGAACAGGAUGCAGAAAUCGCUGUUUGUGCACAGACCUUACAGCAGGAAUUUGGGUUCCCGAAAGAGACUCUGCCCGAGUUUGACAAGCUCGUGCGACUGGCUAUCCAGAGUGUGCGCAGAAACAAGAAACGGUCGCAGAAACGGCUCGCCAACCGGCGACGUGAGAAGGAGGACCGCUCCAGUACUGAGGAAACAGCAAGCCCGAUAUACUCCGAUCUGGUCAACGAGGACGCGUUCCAAAGCGGCAACAAGCCGGACGAGACCGAGACAGAGUCCAAAACUGCCAUUUCUGCCCUUGUGGCGCCGAUGCUCCACCGACCGUUCACAAGCUCGUUACGGCAGCUCAACAUGGACGACGAGUUCCGCGCCGCUGCAGACCGGCUGCUAAUCAGUAUCAAGAAGUCGCGCACGUGCUACGAGCUGACAAAGUCGACCGCGCGCUCGUUCGAGUCGAUCGAAGGGUUUGGGUCGACGUGCAUUGCGUCUGCCGUCAUGUUUGUGCUCGAACGCAGCUUUGGGCAUCUCUCGUUCGACUCGGUGAUCUACAUCCGCCAGAAACUCAAUAGCGACUUUGUUUUGAGCUCCAUCAUCAAGGGGCUCGACAACGAGUCUCUUGAAGUGGUGCAGCUGGGCGAGUUUGUCGCAGCACAGCUGUUCAAAAAACUGGUUGGAGGUUGCGUCAAGGAUUUCGGCUUCAAUGAGGUGCUGUACCCGGUCGCAGACAUCUUUCGCAGCAUCCUGGAAAAAGACUAUCCGUUCAACCCGCUGCCAAAUCCCCCUAUACACAAAUCGUCCAUACUGUCGCGGUCCCCGUCCUCCGACACCCUAAUCACCGUGGUCAUCCGCUUCAACACCAAGGACCUGCGCUUCAUAUACCCUUCGAGCUCGUGCUCGCCGCCAACUGUGCUGGAACUAAUUUCCAACUCCAAGACCGCGUUCGGCAUCGUCAAUAAUAACCGUAUCCUCAAGAUCCGCAACGCUGACACGAAAACCCUAAUCAACAGCGACCAGGAACUGGAGAAAUUGUUUGAUGCUACUAAAAACAAGCCCAACAAGCUCAUUGAGCUGGAGCUCAUCUAUCACAACAUGCAAGAUUACCUGAAUCUGAACUUCGACACCGCUUACCCGCGUCCGCAGCCUGCUCCGCCGGUGCUGCAUCCUCCGCUCCCGCCUUCCGACCGGCCGCCUUUCAAGUUCCAGCCGCUGCUCUAGAGCCAGCCUAUGAGACCUUCAUGUUGUUUAUGGCUAGCACCAGCUCCUGGGCUACAUGUUUUUCUUCGCCAACGGAGUGCUGUCCCGCAGGCGACCCGUCGGGUUGGUCCUGCUCGUUCUCCUUUUCGUCCAGCUGCCUUUUCUCCAUGUUUUUGCGCUUCUUGAUGUUGUGGCUCUUCACCACCAGUUUUGGCAGCUUGUCGAACCGCACCACGAGGCUGCGGCCCUGGAACCGUGCGCCGUGGAAUUUUUCGAUAAGCUCGACCGAGUCCUCCAGACUUGUCGUUUGCGCGAUCGCAAACCCCUUUGAGACUCCGCUGGGCUGCGUUUUGAGAUACAGCUGGACGAUCUUGGGCCGUCCCGAGUUCAGAAAUUUCAGCACAGAGAGAUACGUCGCGUGGAACGGGAUGUUGCCGACAAAUAGCCGCGUAGGACUCACGUACUUUGCCGCGGUGUACUGGACGAGUUGUUCGGCAGGCCGGUCGUUGUCGUCGACAGAGGACUCGGACUCGGACGCAGAGCUGUCCUCGUCGAAGUCUGGAUUCAGGAUCGAAGAAUAAUUAUUGCCGAGCUCCACGCGCUGCCUGGUCUUACCGGGGUAUUUUUUGGGGGAGCGGUAUGCGCGAGCCUGGUGAUUGUGUGGAGGGGCGGCAGUUGUGGCGAGUGCGGGUUCGACGUAGGGAAACGACACAGAUCUCUGUCCGGGAACGGGCAUUCCGUACGUAUAGUAGGGGAUGAAGGGCGCCAUCGGGGCCGGCACAGGCUCGAUUGUGGAGAAGAACGGAGCAACACCUUGUUUAGCAGGAAUCUGUGGCUGAUACGCACUGAGCAUAUGACACUGCAAAACCACGCUGUAGUACUCGUACCCGUCCAGCCUGCUCGCGAUCCUCGCCGCCGCUUCGUAGUCGUCCAUCCCCAGCGACGCCACAGACAGCCCGUUGGUAUGCAUCUCGUAGAUCUGGACGCUUCCGAUAGCGUCAAGGUCGAUUGCGAGCGGUUCCAGCAGCUCUUCCAGGUCUACUCUGGUCAUGGUGCGCGGCAGGUUCAGCACGUUGACGAUAUAUUGCGGAUCGGGGACCUGUGGACGGUAGGGGUGGGGGGCGGUCAACAACCCCCCUGCCGGUUUCUGAUCUUGUUUCUGGGACAUGGCAAAGGUGGC